AUGUAUGUACCCAACGUACAGAAUCGCACACUCUCUAUCCGCUCGCGCAAAGAGCCGCGCCACCGCUUCAGCAUCAACACCUUCCGUGGCAUGACCGGCCCCGAGCUGAGCCGCAAGCUGAGCCGACUGAUCAAGAGCGAGAACUCAGCCAUCGGCGCAUAUGAAGCCGCCGGCCGUGAGCGCAGUUCGAUCGCUUCGCAGCUGUCCGAAUGGGGCGAAUCCACCGAGGACGAUGCCGUCUCCGACAUCUCGGACAAGCUGGGUGUGAUGUUGGCGGAGAUGGGCGAGCAGGAAGACAUCUUUUCGCAGAACCUUGAGGAUUACCGGGGCACGCUGAAGCACAUUCGCAACAUGGAGAGCUCGGUCCAGCCGAGCCGUGACCAGCGCCAGAAAAUUACUGAUGAGAUCGCCAAGCUCAAGUACAAGGAUCCUACCAACACGCGUCUGACCACUCUGGAGCAUGAGCUGGUUCGUGCUGAGGCGCAGAAUCUCGUUGCUGAGGCACAGCUGUCCAACACCACCCGCACAAAGCUCAAGGAGGCCUUUGACAUCCACCUGUCUGCCGUGGUCGAGCGCGCCGAGAAGCAGAUCAUCCUCGCUAACCACGCGCGCCGCCUGCUCAACUACAUUGAUGACACUCCAGUGGUGCCCGGUGAUGCUCGCCAAGCUUACGAGCAUGAGCUGGAGGCUCGCCAGGUGCUUGAAGAUGCCGAGAACGAUCUACGCAACUGGCAGCCCAACCUCGAUCCCGUCGUCUCCUCGGCAGACCAAGAGGUUCCCGUUCAUGGCAACGGGAUUUCCGAGCAAGAACCCGACGUUGUCAACACACGUGUCGAUACCGAGUCCUACGCCAAUGAAGAGACAUCGACCCAUGCAAAGAAGCAGCUGAACGAGCCCCAGACCACCAUGGCGGCGGAGGAUGCGGUUCCGCUCGCUAGUUAA